CACACUCUCCCACCAACACGACCACCAUGUCCCAGCUCAAGCGCAAGUCGCCGUACGGGACCGCGUCUCCCGCCAGCGGCAGCGUCAAGAGCGAGGAUGUGAAGCGCCAACGAGGCCUCGGCGGCACGCCCUCCGGGUCGCACUACAACUUCAACGACCCACGCACCGUCGUCAUCGAGCUGCGUGAUCACCUGAAAGACCGCAUCACGAUGAACUCGCAGGACGCCUACUUCCACAUUAUGGAGAAGAGCCCCGGCGUCGACGCUAGCGUCGUGCUCGAGUUACUCAAGAAGCAGGAGCGCGUCAAGUUUAACGAGACUAACCAGGUGUACACUUAUGAGCCCGAGAUCGUUCUGCGCACACAAUCGGACCUCCGCUCGCACAUCCGCACACACUCGCGCCCAACCGUCGGCAUCCCGUACAAGACGCUGCGCGAGGCCUUCCCCGGCCCAGAGUUAGCCUCGUACACCGAGAACCUGGAGAAUGAUGGGCAGAUCCUCAUCCUCCGCUCGCUCACGGGCAAGAUGAAGGACGCGCCUCUUCCUCCACUGGGACGCGAGAAUGCGUGGGGAGAAAAGCUCAACGCCGGUGGGCCGGAGCGCUGGCGUAUGAUCUUCUGGGACGAGCUCAAGGAACGGAACCGGACAGUGCCGAGGGUCGAUGAUGAGAUGAUUUUUGCUUGGGCAGACAUCAAGAUUGAGCAGGACGACGACGUCGUUAAGCUUCUGGAAGAACAGGACCUCAAGGCAAGCUCCGCCACCGCCCCGCCGCCCAAGGUGGAGAAGGCGCAGGAGAAGAAGAAGAAGAAGCGCAACCGCGCGCUCAAGAUCACCAACACACACAUGAAGCAAUUUGGCAUCGACUUCUCCCAGGACUACGAGGCGCCCAGCUAGUCUGCGAAACACACACCCUUGUCGCGCCCUCGCAUAUGCUGCUGCCACUGGCUGGGGGCUGUUUGUUUGCGAAUGUGGAGGUGCACAAGCUCUCCGUCAGCCAGCCAGCACCCACCCAGCCAGGGGUUGCUACAUUGUUUUUGCUUCCCUUCAAAAUUCGUGUCAUUCCUCGUCGUUUCCCUGGUUUUGUGAUGGCCGCGCUGUGGUGAGCGACGACUUUUUCAUUGAUUAAGAUCGUGCCGCCGAAUCGUAAUUGGUCAAAACUCAAAAACAGUCGUCACUCUGCCAGCCCCAGCCAGCCAGCCAGCCAGCCAG